UCAGCCACAAGCCCAAACAGAAACAGAAACAGAAACAGAAACAGAAACAGAAACAGAAACAGAAACAGAAACAGAAACCUUUCCAUUUUGCCCCCCAAACUCACAGGACCCUGGAUGACCUUCACUUUGGGGUUUGCUUAAUGGAUGCAGAG